CUAGACGGUGUACAAUAAGAUCCAUAUGAUGAAUAUUAAAUAUUAAGAUUUUUUUUGUAUACCGCCAUAAAUUACAUAGUUCGAUAUUUUUUUUGUAAUAUUACGUGAUCCACUGGCACAGUGAUAUAAAACUAUAUAGUUUGGAAAUAUAACCCUUAUACAUUUUUGCGCUAAGAAGAUCAUAAUUUAACCAUGGUAUUCAAAAGAGUGUGGGACUCCAGCUGUCCUCUUUUAUGGGAUAAAUGGGUAGCCGACGAAAUCGUAUGGACUAUUGAAGAUCUUUUACCAGAAGAUGACGAACAUGCUCUUCAACUCUUGAUAGAACAAUUUUGCCCGGAUGAAAGAUUGAUUUCUACCCUCGGAAUGCAUGAAGAUCCAGAUGCUUUACAGAAGAUGGGCGACUUUUGGCGAGAUUGUUUAUCACAGCGCAUGAGCUUAGCUUGCUACAAAACGGUUAAAAAGAAUCGGUCCUUGGUGGCGCUUAAUGUAUGCGUUGUUAAAUGCAUCGAUGACAAAGACAAAACUGGAGACAUAGGAAAGGGCAAGUUUGCUGAUCUUCUUAAUACGCUAACAUACCUAGAUAGAAAUUACGACGCUUUUAAAGAUCUGGGAGUCGACAAGUUCUUGUAUGGUCUCGGCUUGCUGGUAACAAGGGAAAACAGAGGGCAAAAACUGGGAUCGAAGUUACUUGCUGCAAGAUUACCCAUGUGCCAAAAAUUUGGCUUAACUGCAACGUCAACAUUGUUUACCGGCGACGCCUCGCAGAAGACUGCUGCACUAUGUGGAUUUAAAACGGAUUUCGAAGUUACCCUUGGAAAACUCGCAGAAAACGGUUUACCGUAUCCAAAAGGCGACGAGAGGGCUAUUAAAAUAAUGUCAAAAAAAUAUCAUUAAAAUGGUCUUUAUUGUUAUGGCUAUAUUGCAUUGUAUAGAGGUACAAUAAACUAAUCAAUUCA